AUGAUCAAGUCACAGAUAUCGUUUGAAGAUGUGGCUGUGAAUUUCACAUUGGAGGAGUGGCAGCUGCUUAAUCCUACUCAGAAGACCUUGUACAGAGACGUGAUGUUGGAGAACUAUAGCAAUCUAGUUUUAUUGGGUUAUCAAGUUAUCAAACCUGAGAUGAUCUUCAAGCUGGAACAAGAAAAGCCAUGGUUAUUAGAUGAAGAAAUCCUAAGUCAAAACUUCUCAGAAAAAGUCUGGCUAGAUAAUGAUCUCAAAAUGUGGCACCAGGAUAAUCAAGACAAGCUUAAAAGUUUGGAGAGAGGCCAUGAAUAUGACAUCUUUGAGAGAAUGUUUCAUUUAGGCAUUAACUUUGAUCAUUUAGGAAUGAGAUCCCAUAAAUGUGGCACAGGUGAAGAAAGUUUGAAACAUCCUUUUGAUUUUCUUAUUCCAAAAAGUAACUGUGAAAGAAAGAAACUUGAUGAGCUUAAUAGGAAAUUAUUAUUUUGUAUUAAACCUCCCAGAAUUUAUGGUGGAAUAAAAUACUCUGAUGGCAAUACAUGUACAACAGUCAUCAGUAAAGAGCCAGGAGUCAUUAUGAACCAUAUACCACUCACAGGAGUCUGUUUGUGCAUGGAAUGUGGCAAGGUUUUUAAUAAAAAGUCACAGCUCAUUAUACAUCAAAGAACUCAUACAGGAGAGAAGCCCUAUGGAUGCCAGGACUGUGGGAAAGCUUUCUCCCAGAAGUCAUUGCUCACUAUUCAUCAAAGGACGCAUUCAGGAGAAAAACCAUAUGGGUGUGGGGAAUGUCAGAAAGCUUUCAGUAGGAAGUCACUGCUCAUUUUACAUCAGAGAACUCACACAGGAGAGAAGCCCUAUGGCUGUGGUGACUGCGGGAAAGCCUUCAGCAGGAAGUCACAGCUUAAAAGACAUCAGGUAACCCAUACGAUAGAGAAACCCUAUGGCUGCAGUGAGUGUGGGAAAGUCUUCUCCCAGAAAUUAAAGCUCAUUACACAUCAGAGGACACACACAGGAGAGAAGCCCUACAGAUGUAGUGAUUGUGGAAAAGCCUUCUUUUGGAAGUCACAGCUUAUUACUCAUCAGAGGGUUCAUACGGGGAAGAAGCCAUAUGCAUGUAGUGAGUGUAAAAAAGCCUUCAGCAGGAACUCACUCCUCAUUAGGCAUCAGAGGAUCCAUACAGGAGAGAAACCCUAUGAAUGCAGUGAAUGUGGUGAAGCCUUCAUCAGAAAACCACAACUUGUUAAACAUCAAAUGACUCAUACAGGAGAGAAGAACUAUCAGUGCAGUAAUUGUGAGGAAGCCUUCUUUAAGAAGUCAGAACUAAUUAAACAUCAAAAAGUUCAUUUAGGAGAAAAACCCUAUGGAUGUGUUGAAUGUGGCAAAACCUUCUUUGGAAAGUCACAGCUCCUGACACAUCAAAGAACUCACACUGGAGAGAAACCUUACGAAUGUAGUGCCUGUGGGAAAGCCUUCACCCAGAAGUCCAGCCUGGUGUCCCAUCAGAGGACACAUACAGGGGAGAAACCUUAUGAAUGCAGUGAAUGUGGGAAAACCUUCAGUGAGAAGUCAAGUCUCAUUCACCAUCAGAGAACCCAUACUGGAGAAAAACCGUUCGAAUGUGGUGAAUGUAGGAAAGCUUUUGCCUGGAAGCCACAGCUUCUUAGGCAUCAGAGAAUUCAUACAGGGGAGAAACCCUAUGAAUGCAGUGAAUGUGGAAAGGCAUUUGUUCAGAAAGUACAGCUCAUUAAACAUCAGAGAAAUCAUACAGGAGAGAAGACCUAUGGAUGCAAUGAUUGUGCAAAAGCUUUCUUUGAGAAGGCACAGCUCAUUAUACAUCAGAGAAUUCAUACAGGAGAGAGACCCUAUAAAUGUGAGGAAUGUGGGAAGUCUUUCACUAGGAAGUCACACCUUAUGAGGCAUCAGAGGAUCCAUACAGGGGAUAAGUACUGUGGAUGCAGCGAAUGUGGGACUGUCUUCCACAGAAAGGCACAGCUCCUGAUUCAUCAGAGAAGUCAUGUGCUGUAG